AUGGAGCUUGCAAUAACAAACUCUAUUUCUUCAACGGCUCAAAAGUUUUUAAAACCAAAACCAAAGGUGAAAUCGUUUAGGGUUUUUACUGUUAAAUGCAUAUCUUCUCUUUCCUCUUCAGAUGGUGCUGCCACUGGUGUGGUGGAAAGGCCUUGGAAAACUUCAGAUGCUAGAUUAGUACUUGAAGAUGGUUCAGUUUGGAGGGCAAAGUCAUUUGGUGCUAGAGGAACUCAAGUUGGUGAAGUUGUUUUCAAUACUUCGUUGACAGGGUAUCAAGAAAUACUCACUGAUCCAAGUUAUGCUGGGCAGUUUGUUCUUAUGACAAACCCGCAUAUUGGGAACACAGGGGUAAAUUUUGAUGAUGAGGAAUCAAGGCAGUGUUUCCUUGCUGGUCUUGUGAUCAGGAGCUUAAGUAUCAGUACAUCUAAUUGGAGGUGCACCAAAGCACUUGGUGAUUACUUGAUAGAAAGGAACAUCAUGGGAAUAUAUGAUGUUGACACACGUGCAAUCACCCGCAGAUUGAGGCAAGAUGGAAGCCUCAUUGGUGUACUAACCACAGAAGAAUCAAAGACAGAUGAGGAACUUUUGGAAAUGUCACGCUCAUGGGACAUUGUAGGUAUUGAUUUGAUAAGUGACGUCACUUGCACUGCCCCUUAUGAAUGGGUUGACAAAACGGAUCCAGAGUGGGACUUUAACUGUGAGGGAAGAGGAGAGAUUUACCAUGUCAUUGCGUAUGAUUUUGGGAUCAAGCAAAAUAUACUCAGACGCUUAGCAUCUUAUGGCUGUAAAAUCACGGUAGUCCCUUCAAAUUGGCCAGCAUCAGAAACUCUAAAGAUGAGACCAGACGGAGUUCUUUUCAGCAAUGGACCCGGAGACCCUUCUGCAGUUCCUUAUGCUGUUAAAACAGUCAACGAUUUGCUGGGAAAGGUUCCUGUUUUUGGAAUUUGUAUGGGCCAUCAGUUGCUAGGCCAGGCAUUAGGUGGUAAAACCUUUAAGAUGAAGUUUGGCCACCAUGGAGGAAAUCAUCCUGUUCGUAACCUUGUUGCAAACCGUGUUGAGAUUAGUGCCCAGAAUCACAACUAUGCAGUUGACCCUGAAUCACUUCCCGUUGGUGUGGAAGUGACACACAUUAAUCUUAACGAUGGAAGCUGUGCUGGUCUUGCUUUUCCUGCUCUAAAUGUUAUGUCUCUUCAAUACCACCCUGAGGCAUCUCCAGGACCUCAUGAUUCAGAUUCUGUUUUUGGAGAAUUCAUGGAGUUAAUGAAGAAAGUCAAACAAAAGGCAUAA